AAGUACCAGCGUAGUUAUACAGGGGAUUACAAGCACACAGGAAAAGGGAAAGUGAAAGAAUUAUAUAGGAAAUAUGAAACACGUUAUAUAAAUAAUCUAGUAUAUAGUACAAGGCGCCGCCGCGUCUCAAGAAAUUUCUCGCUAACUCUUCAAGCUCCUCCUUGUCGUCAUUCUCUCCCGUCUCCAUUUUCCGGCGGCUACAUACUCAUACCCUAAUAUUUCGUUCUUAAAUCUCUCGUUCAGGACACUAUACACGUGAAGUGAGUGCCUAUCAGCCGAGGAAAAACUUUUAGCAGGGAGAGCCAAUAAAGAAUUGGGCUCUCUCUGCUGCUGAAAAUUACAUAUCUGCGUUAUUAGUCGAAUUUUCUUAUAUUAUUAAAAGAACAUUUAUACUCUUAUUACUGUGUCAUGGCGACUGCAAUGCAUUUAUGUGGAAUUAAGUCACCAUCAUCUGCAUUAUCAAUGAGAGCUCUGAAGAGCCAACCUAUGUUGCCAAAACAUAGACUUAAUUUUGCUGCAUCUGUGGGCUCCAUCGUUGGAUCGUGCACAGCUCCAAAGAGUUUAUGUGGAAAAAGAGUUUUAAGUAUCUGCUGUGAGGGAGGAAAUAUAGAUGUGCUCCACAGGAGUGAGACAGAAAAUCAAAGUCUCAAAGGAGUAUCUAGUGAACUAACAUGUGUGAUGAAAUUUGGUGGAUCAUCACUGGCCUCGGCGGAGAGGAUGAGGGAAGUAGCUGAACUUAUCCUUAGCUUUCCAGAAGAAAGGCCUGUAAUAGUUCUUUCUGCUAUGGGAAAGACAACUAACAAUCUUUUACUGGCCGGAGAAAAGGCUGUCAGUUGCGGCGUGUCUAAUGUCACUGAUAUUGAUGAGCUGACCACUCUGAAAGAAUUACAUUUGAGGACUGUUGUUGAGCUUGGAAUAGAAAGAUCCACCAUUUUAUCACAUCUAGAGGAAUUGGAACAACUUCUGAGUGGGAUUGCUAUGAUGAAAGAGUUAACGCCCCGCACAAGAGACUUUUUAGUAUCAUUUGGGGAAUGCAUGUCCACAAGAAUAUUUUCCGCAUAUUUGAACAAGAUUGGUGUUAAAGCCCGCCAAUAUGAUGCAUUUGCAAUUGGUUUUAUUACGAACGAUGAUUUUACAAAUGCGGAUAUUUUGGAAGCAACUUAUCCAGCUGUUGCGAAGAGAUUACACGGUGAUUGGAUUGCUGAUCCUGCUAUUCCUGUUGUCACUGGCUUUCUUGGAAAGGGGUGGAAGUCCUGUGCAGUGACUACCUUAGGUAGAGGUGGUAGUGAUUUGACGGCGACAACCAUUGGCAAAGCAUUGGGGUUGCGAGAAAUUCAGGUCUGGAAAGAUGUUGACGGUGUUUUAACCUGUGAUCCUAAUAUAUAUCAACACGCAGAGCCAGUGCCAUAUUUGACUUUUGAUGAGGCUGCUGAACUUGCUUAUUUUGGAGCUCAGGUUCUGCACCCCCAAUCUAUGAGGCCUGCUCGAGAGGGAGAUGUUCCUGUGAGGGUGAAGAAUUCCUACAACCGUAAUGCUCCAGGAACCUUGAUAACUAGAGAAAGAGACAUGAGAAAAGCAUUGCUAACUAGCAUCGUUUUGAAAAGGAAUGUAACAAUGUUGGAUAUUGUUAGCACUCGCAUGCUUGGUCAGUUUGGUUUCCUUGCUAAGGUAUUCUCUAUCUUUGAAGAUUUGGGCAUUUCUGUGGAUGUCGUAGCUACAAGUGAAGUUAGUAUUUCUUUGACACUGGAUCCAUCAAAGCUUUGGAGCAGGGAAUUAAUUCAGCAGGAACUCGAUCAUGUUGUAGAAGAACUAGAGAAAAUUGCGGUGGUGAAUCUCCUUCAACACAGAUCUAUCAUCUCACUCAUUGGGAAUGUUCAAAGGUCUUCACUGAUACUGGAGAAGGCAUUUCAUGUUCUUCAUGCCAAUGGAGUCAAUGUUCAGAUGAUCUCUCAAGGCGCAUCUAAGGUGAAUAUAUCAUUGAUCGUAAACGAUAGUGAAUCAGAACAAUGUGUGAGGGCACUCCACUAUGCCUUCUUUGAGAGUGAUAUAUCUGAAAUGGUAGACAGAGGUGCAUCUGGGAAUGGUUCAUCAACUGGUCAUUGACAUCAUUUGUGAUGUAUUUAUUCAUAUUGAUAGCAUUGGCUUAGACAGUUUCAGUUUUUACCUUAAUAACUCUAGUUAUUUCUUUACAGAUAGUUAUCUAGUGUUAUUUGAAAACCGGAGACUGUAAUAAGUAGUAUCAAUUAACAGUUGCGAGAUUUUGGAUU